AUGGAUAAGCUCAACUCCAACCUCGAGUAUUUUGGAGAAGCUCUUGAGAUUUGUAAUGAACAAGGGCUGACACCUUUGAUGACCUUCUCUCACAACUACUCCAAGGAAGUGAUAUGCCAAUUCUAUGCCACAGCUGUUUUCCUUGAGGAUGAAGGAGGCUUUCGCUCAUUGAAAUGGAUGACUAGGGAGCAUGUGAUGGAGGCCACGUGGGAGGAGUUUGCUAGAGGCAUUGGAUAUGAGCUUCAUGGCUAUGACACCAACGUCUUCCAGAUCCACCUACAGCCCAAGCCAAUGGCCAAAGAGAAGAUGGCCAACCUCUACAUUCCCGGAAGGAUGUUGUGUGGAAGUGCUUACCACCUCCUCCCCGUCUACGACAUCAUGAAUCGCAUGUACCGCCGAACCAUCAACCCCAAGCACACUAACCAGGAUGAAGUGCACGGGUUUCGUGUAAACCUUCUUGUGAGCACUCAUGAGAUGAGGGGCCGCGAUGGUGAUUACAUCAAGAUAAAACGUAGCUUGUUGGCCAUCUUCAUAGUCUUCCCCGUCAUGGUGUUGGCCCUCACCAUCGCAAUCAUCAAAUACCUGAUGCCCAAGAGCAGAUCAGCUGACGAUACUGUCGGCUCGGCUUACGAUAGCAAGGUGCACAGCGGGGAGGUGAUCAACCGGUGGUCGGGCCUGUACAGGUUUACCAAGACCGAGAUCGAGCGGGCUAUGGACUACGCCAACACCCGAAUCUACCUCGGCUCCGGCAGCGCGGGGCAGGUGUACCAGGGGGUGCUGCCCAGCGGCCAGCUCGUGGCAAUCAAGCACAUCCACCACACGGCCAUGUCCGGGUCCUUCACCAGGGAGGCCGACGGGCUGUCCAAGGUGAGGCACCCAAACCUCGUCUGCCUCUUCGGCUACUGCGACGACGGGAGCGACCAGUACCUGGUCUACGAGUACUGCGCCAACGGCAACCUAGCCCAGAAUCUACUCCGAGGUGACGCUGUUCUCUCAUGGCCAACAAGAGUGAAGAUCCUCAGGGAUUGUGCCUCUGUCCUCAGGUUUCUUCACACACACUCUGAUGGAUGCAUUGUACAUAGAGACAUUAAGCUUAGCAACAUCUUGCUGACGGAGGACAUGGAGCCUAAGCUGUCUGAUUUCGGGCUCGCAAAAAUGCUGCAGAUGGAGGAGACCAAGGUGUUCACAGAUGUCAGGGGAACCAUUGGUUACAUGGAUCCUGAGUACAUCACGCACUCCAAGCUUACUUGUGCCAGCGAUAUCUACAGCUUUGGUGUGGUGGUCUUGCAACUUCUCUCGGGAAAGAAGGUCAUAGAACUUGACAUUGUUGCACGCGAUUCUCUUACCAAGAAGGCAAGAGAUGUUGUAAGUGGGAAAAAACCGUUGGAUGAAUUUAUAGACUCGCGCGUGCGAGAUGAGGUUAAUAUCGAAGAUUUUGUCUUGAUACUGAAGAUCGCAGUCCUCUGUGUGGCACAUUCUAGCGUAGGGCGUCCGACAAUAAAGGAUGUGUACGAGGAGAUGGACAAAGCAUGGAGAAAUACAAACGCAAAGGCUGCUCGGUCAACCAAGAAGAUAGAUUCAUCAAAUACAUCAGAAUAUGCAAAGAUGAUAGAUGUGUAG